GUGGCAUUGGCCUUGAAACCACCAUCCUCAUGCUCCGCGAAGGUGCAUCCGUCCUGAUGACCGACAUCAGCGGCCCGGGUCUCGAAAAGGCCCUGGCAAAGGUGAACGAAGUCGUCCCGCAGCGCGACGGCAAAGUCGAAUUCAAGGUCGUCGACGUCUCCAAGGAAUCCGAUGUCGAGGCCGCGGUCGGUCACUUGGAUAGCUGGGGCGGUCUGGAUGUCAUCUUCAACAACGCUGGUAUCAUGCAUGCCCAGGACGGAGACGCGGAGGCUACUCCUGAGAAGAUUUGGGAUUUGACCAUGAACAUUAAUGUGAAGGGUGUUUGGUAUGGAUGCAAGCAUGCUGUGAAGAGCUUGAGGAAGCACGGCAAGACAAAGGGUAGUGUUAUCAACACUGCUAGUAUGGUCGCUUUGGUUGGUGCUGCGACUCCCCAGCUCGCGUACACCGCCAGUAAGGGUGCUGUCCUUGCUAUGACGCGGGAAUUGGCUAUUGUGCAUGCUCGUGAGGGAUUCCGAUUUAACUCGCUGUGCCCCGCUCCUCUCAACACUCCUUUGCUGCAGGACUGGCUCGGUGAUGACAAGGAGAAGAGAUUCAGACGUGAAGUUCACUUCCCCACUGGCCGAUUCGGCGAGGCCAUCGAACAAGCCCACGCUGUCAUUUUCCUGGCUAGCGACGAGAGCAGCUUUGUCAACGCCACUGACUUCGUUGUCGAUGGUGGCCUGACAAAGGCGUAUGUCACCCCCGAGGGCCCAGCGACCGCAGCCCCCCAGAACUUGGGCCACUAAGGGGUGGUAUUCCCCACGGGAGCAUCUGACUGAAGCUCUCUCCAGGAGUGAACGGAGGAUGCUAUGAGUUGAUGAACGUUUUUUUGUAUGAUUAUUAUCAAGCCAUGAAUGAUUUUUAAACCCACUUUAUGCAAAUGAUAUCCAAAUUUGGUUCUGUUGCAUAGCUCUGCAGAUGUUCCAAGGUCCAGCCU